AGAUCUGGUCAAGGUGUCAUGUGUACUUUCUUCGGUAUGUCAACCCACUUCAUGUGGCUGUGGAUGUUCGUGUGGACGUUCAUCUGCAGCGCCUCCAUGUUCCGGGUGUUCACCGCCAAGACGAGGAGCUCUGGAGCUGGGAACGCAACGACGCACCUCAUCAAGCUAGUGACGCUGUCGCUGGUGUUCCCAGCGUUGGUGGUAGCCGCAGUCGUCACCGGCUCUUACUUUGCUACAUCCGGGGCACAGAUUGGCUACGGUGAUGCACAGUGCUACUUAGAUUCACCUCUGCUUAUCGGUAAGAUUCAAUUCAGUUUAAAUGUCAACUUCAUUCAUUUUGAUUUGCCAAACCAAAAUUCCUUCCUCCAUCAAAUUUAGAUAAGAUAAGAUAAAAUACGAUAAACUAAGAUAAGAUAGGAUAAGAUGAGAUAAGAUGAGAUAUUUUUAAAGAUCCAAAUAAAUGGAAAUUUGUUUUCUUUCAUUCAUGGUCCAUAUUUGUCAGUCUUAAAAAUCCUAGUUUGAGUAUUUCGUUAUCCUUUAAAUUAGUUUUGUAGCAAGAUUAAUUUGAUCCCAAUUUUUUUAUUUUAAUAAGCAUUUAAUUAUAAACUUAAAGCUUGCGUUUGUCAAAAACAGAUAAAUUUCAACUCUCCUUGUUAUAAAAUAAAAAUCUGUUUUUAUAAAAACUAAAUAAAUAUUAAUCCCCCCCCCUUACACACACAGACGCACCAAAACACACACACACAUUUUUACACGUCUUAUCUUAAACAUCCGUUUCGUCUCAGGAAUCACUUUAGCUGGACCCCUGGUCCUCAUCACCGCGGGUAACAUGGCGCUCUUCAUCCUAACGGUGCGCAAAAUUCACAAAAUCCGCCGGCUGGUGCGAAGCGAUGCCGCCAGCAGAGACAGCAAGACCAACCUCUACAUCUACGCCAAGCUGUCCACAAUGACGGGGGCGUUCUGGGCCCUGGCGAUCGUCGCCGAGUUGCUGGAUGCUGACAUACUGAGGUGAUGUUUGUGCUUACGUUUUAUUAAUAAUACCACCAUUAAGUCUAUAUAUAUAUAUAUAUAAUGUUUCUAUCACCUGUACAAGUAUCCUAGAUAGAAUUUCGAUAAUGUGUGUUUUUUUAUAUUAUUUGAUUUGAUUUUUUUUUGUGUGUUUAUAUGUGGUGUGUUCAUACUUUCAAACACGUGAUGUUUAGUUGCUGAGCGCGAUCAUUAUAUUUCUAUCAUGAUAUUCUAUAAGCAACUAAGUGUUUAGAUUAUAUUACCGUCAAGUCAAUCCAGUGUCUGUCCCCGUCUCCAAAAACUUUAGAUACAUUGCAUCUGUGCUCAACGGGCUCCAGGGCGUCUUCCUGUUUCUUUCCUUUGUGUGCAACAAGAGGGUUCUCAAC